AAAUCAGCUUGGCCUGUUCACUGCUGCUGAGUCCUGAGGCCCCACAUCUUCUGGCCAGGUCCUCAGCCUCGGUUUCUCCAAGGGUAAAAUAGAGAGGUAAAGCCUGCCCCCUAGGCUGUGUGGAGGACUAACCAAAGUCGACUUUAUUUUAUUUUGGGUUUUUUUGAGGUAGGGUCUCACUAUGUAGUUCAGGCUGGCCUUGAACUCACUAUGUAGCCCAGGCCGGCCUCAAACUCAGAGCUAUCCUCCUGCCUCGGCCUCUCGAGUGCCAGAGUUACAGGCGUCCAGCACUAUGCCCAGCCCAAGUUGACUAGAAUAUUUAGUGCCAGGUGUGUGGUAAACGCGGUCUUGCUGUGAGGUGGCUCUUGGACUGGCUGCACCUUGGACUUGCCCAAGUGGCUUUGAAGACCCCUUCAGAUGGACCCCCAGGAAUUCCUGUUUAGUUGGUUUGGGGUCUGCCUAGGGUUCACAGGGAGCACAGACAUUCUAAACAGCUCCCGGUGACUCUGCUCCAGGGCAGACAUCUUCAUGUUUGCUCACUUCAGCUUCGCUGGGAGAUGUUGGAAAUGCGGGUUCCUGGGCCCCUUGAGUGUCUGAUUCAGAAUCUGGAGUGGGGUCUGAAAGUCUGCAUUUCCACCAAGUUCCCAGCAAGGCUGCUGCUGCUGAUCCAGGUACCAAGCCGUAAGGACUGUUGGUGAGGAGAGCUGUAGCUGUGACGAGGGACCAGGGUUAUGUGGGGAACUUGUGCAUCUUUUUCCAGUGGCACCCACUGAUCAGGGCCUCCUAAGCCAGGCCAAUGCAUGGAAGCCACAGAACCUCAGAAGAAGAGACUCACUGGGCUCCACAGGUCCUGGAAAGCCACGCCAGGGACCCCUGCAGCUCUACUGGAGGUGCUCAGAUGGAAUCGUCGUCGUUGUGUGUGUCCUGUGCAUCCUCACACAGCUGCCUCCGUGUGCAGCCCAGUUGCCCUGGUAUCCAGCAGCUCCAGGUUGUACCCAGGGCCUGCCUGGUUGUCGUCUGUUGCUUAUAGGAACCCACUGGGCCCUGCAUCCAGCCAAGGAGACCUUCUCCCUUCACGCUGCGAUGCCGCAUAGAGGUGGAGCGGCCUGUGGCCUGCAGUGUGGGGUUUCCAGAGCUAUCUUCAGCAGCCAUCCUCCCACAGCACAUCCUGCUGGCUCUCAAGCCAGCCAUGCCCACCUGUGAGCGCCCCAUCUUUCUCCCCGCUGUGCAUCCCAGUGGGUCACAUGCAUUGGCCUGGCAUCCCAAGAUUCCUUGGAGUCAGGUGUCUCUGGAUGAGGUGGGCAGGGUUCGUAGCGACUUCUGGCUCUGUCUAGCGCUGUCCAGUGAUGCCUUGUGCCUGCAGGGCUCUGAGGAAGGGGUCUGGGACCCCAGCCCACUGCAUGUGUUUUGCCUCCACAGGACUGCACCUUCUUCAAUAAGAAGGACAUCCUCAAUACUAGGGAUUGUAUCCAGGGCCUCCAGAUUGAGCUACUAACCCAGGAGUCUGAAACUCAGCUGUCUGUUGGUGCCAGCAUGCGCUGUUGCACGCACGGUUCUACGAGCUGGCCCCCAACCUGGUACCCAUGGACUACAGGAAGAGCCCUAUUGUCCAUGUGCCCAGGAGCCUGAUCAUCCAGAUGCCAGAGCUCCGGGAGAACCCCUUCAAGGAGAGGAUCGUGGAGGCCUUCUCCGAGGAUGGUGAGGGGAAUCUCACCUUCAACGACUUUGUGGACAUGUUCUCUGUGCUUUGUGAGUCAGCACCCCGGGAGCUGAAGGCCAACUAUGCCUUCAAGAUCUACGACUUCAACACUGACAACUUCAUCUGCAAGGAGGAUCUGGAGCUGACGCUGGCUCGACUCACGAAGUCGGAGCUGGAUGAAGAUGAGGUGGUGCUGGUGUGUGACAAGGUCAUCGAGGAGGCUGACCUGGAUGGCGAUGGCAAACUGGGCUUUGCGGACUUUGAGGACAUGAUUGCCAAGGCCCCCGACUUCCUCAGCACUUUCCACAUCCGGAUCUGAGGGCCCUGUGAGGGGCUGGAAGCCCACCAUCCUCAAUGCUGUCUGCAGGGCUGUGGCCUCGGCCGCCCAGAAGAGGAGUUGUGGCCCUGGGUUUAUACUACCAACAGCAAAAAACAAUCUAACCAGGGAAGAGGGUGUGAGGUGGUCCAGCCUCAGGCCCAUGGUCCCUCUGUGGGUCCUCUGUCUCCCUGGGAGGGGAAGGCAGGAAACCUAAGGGGAGGUGGUAGGGUCCCACUUGUCUGUGUGCUAGGCAGACACCCCAGUUGUCCAGUGAGAAGCAGAAAAAGAGGUCAGGGUUUUAACAAGCUAUACAAUUUUUCCCCAAAUGCCAGGCUGCACCCCACCACCCUGCCACCCUUCCCAAGGCAAAGGGGUGUGAGCAGCAGUCUAAAGGGCUCCAUCCUUGUCUCUGCCUGGUUUGUGAGCUCCACCCAGGCCACCCUCUCUAGUGGUGUGGGAUUUAGCUGGUGUGUGCUGACCACAGAUUUGUGAACUCCUGUAGUAAACACUGUGUCCUGCACUGUG